GCAAAAAACUUCAUAUAUAUUGCGUUCUGUGUCUUCGGCAAACACCGAACAAUGAAUUUGGGUUUCCUAAUUUUUCUUUGCAUUCAGGUAUUAAAUGACUGCGAUGUUGCAGCCACUGGCGCAUUUAACAACGACAUUAAAGACUCCAUAAUGUCUCAGAUUGAAAGCUUGAAAGCUGAGUUUAUUGAACGCGACGCAUCGUUUGUGCAAGACUUGAAUAUAAUUGGAAACAAACUCCGCGAUGUUGAAGAUUGGGAUAAUAUUUUAAAGAAGAAACUUGUUGCUGUGGACGACAAGUUAACUGACAUGAUCACGCGUGAAAAACAGAAUGAAGUAAAACUUAAUGAAGCUGAAAGUAAAUUAAGCGACACAGACGAACGGCUAACGAAUGCAGAAGGUGUUCUUACAUUCUACAUGUCUGACAACGAUGAAGAAUCUAAACAAUGGAUUAAAAAACAUUUUGCUAAGCAAGAGAUCUUCUCGGUUUAUGCAAAUGGAAGUGGAGAGGAAAUUAUGCAGUCAAGAAAUAAAGGUUUUCGUAAAGACACAAAGACACGUCUAAGAGGUCAACGUUCCUUUACAUUAAAGCCUACACCCACUGUUAUUCCUACCAAAGUUCCGACCGGAAGUAACCAUGUCGCGUUCACCGUUUUCUUAUCAAAAAACGUUGUUAAUUUACACUAUGAUUUAACAAUUCCAUUUGAUCAAGUUUUAAUUAACGAAGGUCAAGGGUUUAACACGGGCACACACACUUUUGUCUGCCCAGUGAACGGAGUUUAUUUGUUCAAAUCAGCUUUAUACAGCAGCUACGAUGAAAGAGUUGAGGCGGAAGUUGUCAAAGAGGGUGUUAUGUUGUUCCGGAUGUACGCCGCGGGAACAUGUGACGGAAGUUUGACGUUGGACCAAGGAUUUAAUUCUGCCAUUAUACAUUGUAACAAGGGUGAGCAGGUAUGGAUACGGGUCUAUACAGCUGCUCCCAACUCUGAAAUAGCCAGUUCCAAAUAUUCUACUUUUUCAGGAAUACUUCUGUGGACUUCUUGAGAUGUUAUGCAUGUUCAAAUAAACUGAACUUAUUUGUAAGUUA